CAGAUAUGAUGUGAUAUACUCUACAUUCAUAGUGUUGGAUGGAGUACUAGUAGUCGAUUUCGUGAGCCGGAUGUCACACACUUGACAAACAAUUAGAUCUAACUCACGAUUCAUUCCACUACAUGUAAUCGUAAACAAAGGUUUAUUUAAAACAUGUGUAAUUUUAAAAGUUACAGCAAUUAUUAACAUUUUCUUUUGAAAUUGUGUAUUUUAUCUCAAUAAAUAAUAAUUUGGAUACUUUAUAUAAAAUGCCAAGGAAUAUCUGUUCUCUGUUUUCGGUUAUAUUAUCAGCAGUGAUCAUGACAGGGAAAGGUGUAGUGCUAGACUGUUAUAAUACAACAGUUAAGGAGUACGACGGCCAUCAGCAGACGACUGUUACCGGAAUACCGUGUUUACGAUGGGUUCAGUUUCAGCAAUUCAAUGACUUCCCAGAUGCCACAAUAUCAGAUGCAGCUAAUUUCUGUCGUGCUUUAGGAUUUAACACACCAUGGUGUUAUAUAACAAAACAAAAGUCUUGGGAGGGGUGUGGCAUCAAUAAAUGUGGUGACGAUGGUUUGAGUAAGUGUGGUAAAUUGAGUAUUGACAAACCAACAAUACUAGGAAGGAAUGUCACAUUUUCUUUUACCCCCGACACAUACGAUCCAAAUGCAAUUCUAGAAUGGCAGCGCAGCAUGAAUGGAAUAGAUCAAUGGAAAACGCUUCCUUUAAACAACAACUUUACACAAUAUGAGAAAAAUAGGAUUUACUACCUGAUUUUAACUGACAGUGAGAAAAACCAAGACGAGGGAUUUUACCGUAUUCAUUAUUAUAAUGAGACAAUACAUUGCUGGAUGGAUGCUGGAGAACUUACGCUUAAAGCUAUAAACAAUUCGUGUGGACUCGUCUACCUCAGAUCUGAAAAGGUGAUUGUUAAUGGAACCGUGGAAAUCGAAUAUUAUCCGUCAACUGAUGUGAUGCAAAAUAGCGGUAGUUUCGAACGUAGAUGGAUACAUUCCGUCGGAGGGAAACACAAAGUAUUGACAUUGGUUGGUGGUAGUUACGAAGAGAAAUUUGAGCAAAAUAAUAAAUAUGUGUUGACAAUAAUCAUGUUCAAUAUUUCUAUGAAUGGAGAUUAUGGUGUUUAUUGUGGCUCUUCCGCAAGAUACACAGAUUUUAUAACCGUGAAAUUACCAGAACCACCAAGUGUACCUGUAAUAAUUGGAUUACAAGACAUAGAUAAUUGCAGGGACUGUAUCGUUGGUGAGGAGAAUGAGAUGUUCAAAAUUGCUUGUGAGAUACACGGUGGCACUCCUCCUCUUACCGUUACCAUGACAAUAGGAAAUGAAUCGUAUAAACCUCUAGACUCGAACUUAACAACUUUUAUGGUAUAUUUCACGGUUAGGGACCACCAUCACAUGGAAAAUGUGAUAUUUUCAGUAAUGAACAAUGCACUGUCGUCACCUUUAAAUGUUACAGCUCAGAUGUUUGUUAUAAAACCACCCACUUUUCAAUUUUUGGUGCCGGAAAUUCUAAGAGAUGGAGAAGCUGUUAACAUCACAUGUACGUUAGAUGACGGAAGACCUAAUCCGAAUGUGAAUUUUAGCAUUUCCGGUACGGACGUAUCGUCUGCAAACUCACAUUAUUAUAAUUCGACUUCAUCUUUACAUACUAAUAUUAUCACGCUGACGUCAUUCAAGAAAGAAUGGAACAAAGAAAACAUCACGUGCUGUCGAUAUAACGAAUGGUACAAAAUUGCGCGGGAAUGUUCACCGCCAAAACAAGUUAAUUAUUAUUUUCCUCCCACAGAUGUGAUGUUAGAAGUCAAAGUUGAUGAAGACAGACUGAGCCAAAUGUAUGCUACAUGCACUGUGUAUGGCUCGAACCCAGUCUGUAGCGUUCAGUUUAAAGCACAAAGCGGUAUCAUCGGAUCAGAAAAGUCUUCAGAGAACAUAAGUCUACCCCAUGGUGCGUGGAAUUCUGUGUAUGAAGUAAACUUGAAUGUCAGAGAAGAAGACGAUGGCAAAAAUGUAACGUGUAUGGUCAAGUGUGACGAGUUUCCUGUUGACCUUAUAGACACUGUCAAAAUACUUCUGCCUUACCCUCCAGUUAUAGAGUUCAAUAUAUCUGGAUCGACAUUGAAUAUUUCUACAGGAGAGCGGGCACAUGUAAAUUGUGUAGCUGCAAGCGUUCCUGCCUCCAAUAUAUCAUGGAUUGAAGAGUUAAGUAAUGGAAACAUAACAAAGAAGCAAUGUGGCUUGUCACCAAACUGCGUAUUAAAUAUUGAUACUGAUGAAAAUUCAAAAAGACGUUUUAUGUGCCAAGUUCACUAUAAGACAAAAGUUGAUCGCAAAUAUUUGACUGUACACAUAAUAGAAAAAGCCGAUAAAGACAGUAACUACAAUGAUAAACAGAAAAAUAAUGGCCAAGCUUCAGACAAGUCCAUAAUUUGGAUAAUACUGGGUGCAUGUGUACUUGUGGUCGGUAUCAUUGUUAUAGCGGUCUUGUUUGUUGUCAUAAGGAAAAAACGCCUAAAUUCUACAGAAAAGAGGGACAGCCAGGUAGAUUAUCACAAGCAUGAGGAUGACGUAGUAUUUUCUAAACAAAACCCGGAGGUUCGUACUUUGGGAAACUUUAAUCAGAAUGCGCAUGUGCUUGAGAACGCGGCAGAAGUACCUGUAUAUUCUCAACCAGUUAAAAAGAAAACUAUAGAAGACUCGGACAAUACAUAUGCGCAAGUAAACAAAACAGGAACAUCAGCUUCUUCUUCAAAAACGGUAAAGCCCCAACAUGCACAGGACGGACAAUUACUAUAUGCUGAUCUUGCCUUUGAUCCAAAUGAGACUCCAUCAAAAGCAGCAGUUGCCAAGCGGCGAGAUUCCCCGACAGAAUAUGCUGAUAUAGAUUAUGUGAAGACAAAAACUAAUAAAGGCAUUGAUGAUACUCCUACGGAACAAGACAAUAUUUAUGCAAACCAGUAGAUUUAUUUGAUACUAAUGACGUUUGUGUCAUUGAAAAAAAAAUCAACUUUACACACGAAACACUGUAAAUAUUAGCAUGUGUAUGCGAGUGUUUGUCAGGGCUUAUUGCCAAUACCUUAAGAUUUAAUCUGUCGUGAAAUCAAGUUAUUGAACUUUGAUGAACUGCU